GGAAGUUGUCCCCAUACCAAAAGCAAAUUGAUUGUCGGGGACCAAACUUUUUGCAGUAGGUACAACAGCAAUUGCUUCUCAAAUUUCCACUUUCUCACUCCUCAGCCGUUACACUUCAUUUUUCUACAUCUCUCGACGUCGAUAUAUAUAUAUAUAUAUAAUUAUAUGCUCACAUAUAACAUUAUCUUGAGCAAUCCAAGAGGUUGGAUCUCUGCAACAAGUAGUCUUUGGAAUUAUUCGAAACUGUGAUCCAACCGAAGAAGCAAACCGAAAGCCCUAAUUAUGCCUUCCCUCAACUUCUUCUCUGUUUUUGCUUCUCUCUGACGCUACUCUACAUUCUCUCAGCUCGGUGUGUUUAAAUCUCCGUGUGAACAGUUAUUUUUCUGAUCGAUACAGUGCUCAAUUUCAGUUCUAAUGGCAGAGAAUUCAUCAAACCCAGAGGUGUAUUUACAUGGCGACCUAGAUUUGAAGAUUGUGAAAGCUCGUAGUUUACCCAACAUGGACAUGGUGUCCGAACACUUCCGCCGUUGCUUCACCACGUGCGACGCCUGCCGCGUACCUUCCAAAUCUGAGUCCAAGCGAAUCGAACACCACAAGAAAAUCAUCACCACCGACGCUUACGUCAAGGUCUGCGUCCCGCAAGCCACCAUCGCCCGGACCCGUAUCCUCCGCAACUCGCAAAACCCUGAGUGGAACGAACACUUCCACGUUGCAUUGGCUCACCCGGUGGUGGAAAUGGAGUUUCAGGUGAAGGAUGAUGACGUGUUCGGCGCUGAGAUCAUCGGAUUUGUCCGUAUACCGGCGGUGGAUAUCGCCACCGGCAAACACAUCAGCGAUUGGUUUCCGGUUCUUGCUUCAAACGGUACACCGCCGAAGCCGGAUACGGCGUUGUACCUCGAAAUGAAAUUCACGACGUGUGAUGAGAAUCCGCGGUACAAGAUGGGCAUUGCCGGCGAUCCGGAGAAAAGGGGCGUCCUGAACACCUAUUUUCCGCUGAGAAAAGGCAGCUCUGUGACUUUGUACCAAGAUGCUCACAUUAGCCCUAAUGUUAAGCUUCCUGAGAUUGAAUUGGAUGGAGGAAGAGUCUACCAACACGAGAAAUGUUGGGAAGAUAUAUGCGAUGCUAUCUCAGAGGCCCAUCAUAUGAUAUAUAUAGUUGGUUGGUCAAUCUACCAUAAGGUGAAGCUUAUCAGAGAGCCAACUCGGCCGUUGCCGCGAGGCGGGGAAUUGAAUCUCGGUGACUUGCUCAAGUACAAGUCUCAAGAAGGAGUUCGAGUUUUGCUGUUGGUUUGGGAUGACAAGACUUCACAUGAUAAGUUGCUUUUUAAAAAGCAAGGACUAAUGCAGACACAUGAUGAAGAGACCAGAAAGUUUUUCAAGCAUUCAUCUGUAACUUGUGUACUGUCACCUCGUUACGCCAGCAGUAAGCUUAGCUUUAUCAAACGACAGGUUGUUGGAAACGUCUUUACACACCAUCAGAAAUGUGUGCUUGUAGAUACACAAGCAUGGGGUAAUAAUAGAAAGAUUACAGCUUUUUUAGGUGGCAUUGAUCUCUGUGAUGGUCGCUAUGAUACACCUGAGCAUCGAUUAUUUCGUGAUCUUGACACUGUAUUUAAUGAUGAUUUUCAUAACCCUACAUUUCCUGCAGUAACCAAGGCUCCAAGGCAACCAUGGCAUGACUGGCACUGCAGAAUUGAAGGUCCUGCUGCAUAUGAUGUCCUCAUAAACUUUGAACAGCGUUGGAGAAAAGCAACAAAGUGGUCAGAGUUUCUUAGGAGGAGAACUCACUGGCAUGAUGAUUCUUUGAUAAAAAUCGAACGUAUCUCAUGGAUACUUAGUCCUACCUUUGAUGUUUCAAAGAAAGGAGUUUACAGAUCUAUUCCACAGGAUGAUCCCCAAUUAUAUGUCUCCACUGAAGAUAAUCCUGAAAACUGGCAUGUUCAGUUUUUUCGGUCCAUCGAUUCAGGAUCUCUGAAGGGCUUUCCCAAAACUGUUGAACUUUCUGUGGCCCAGAACCUUGUCUGUUCAAAAAAUUUGGUGAUAGACCAAAGCAUUCAAACAGCAUAUAUCCAGGCAAUCAGAUCUGCUCAACAUUUCAUAUACAUUGAGAACCAGUAUUUUAUCGGAUCAUCAUAUGCAUGGCCAGACUAUAAAUAUGCAGGUGCUGAUAAUCUUGUCCCAAUGGAGUUGGCACUCAAAAUCGCUAGUAAAAUUAGAGCUAAGGAGAGAUUUGCUGUGUAUGUUGUCUUACCAAUGUGGCCUGAGGGAGAUCCAGCUUCUGCUCCCAUGCAAGAAAUUCUCUUUUGGCAGGGCCAAACGAUACGAAUGAUGUAUUCAGUUGUUGCACGGGAGCUUAAAGCGUUGCAGCUUGAGGACUCUCAUCCUCUGGACUACCUAAAUUUUUAUUGCCUCGGAAAUCGAGAAAAAUUGCCUGAGGAAAAGUUGAGCGAAGUUAAUCAAUCUUCUGCUAAUGUCUCAAAUUCAUGGAAAUUUCAGCGGUUUAUGAUUUACGUGCAUGCUAAAGGAAUGAUAGUUGAUGAUGAAUACACAAUAAUAGGAUCAGCCAACAUCAAUCAAAGAUCUUUAGCUGGUACAAAAGACACAGAAAUAGCAAUGGGUGCGUAUCAGCCCCAUCAUACUUGGGCUGAAAAGAAGCGACACCCACGUGGCCAGAUCUAUGGAUAUAGAAGGUCAUUGUGGGCUGAGAACCUUGGGAUGGUAGACGAAUGCUACGAGGAGCCAGGGUCACUGGAGUGUGUGAAGAGAGUAAAUGAGGUGGCUGUUAAGAACUGGGAGAGAUACACAACCGAGACUUUUACACCAUUGGAAGGCCAUCUUCUCAAGUACCCUAUACAGGUAGAUGCUGAUGGGAAGGUAGGUCCUUCACCUGGACACGAGACUUUCCCAGAUGUUGGAGGUAAAGUACUAGGAUCUUAUUCGACCACUAUUCCUGAUAUUUUAACAACAUAGUCUCCCACCCGUUUUGUGUUCACAAGUGAUGGACUUGGUCAAAAUGGUUUUGUGUAUCUUUCAGGUAAUUAGGAUUUUUUUGUUGUUUUGUUAUUUUGGAUUGUAUGCCAGUUUGUACAUAUGUAAUAAAAUUACAAUAAUAUUGAAAUCGAAUGAUAUUUUGUAAGUA